UCUGUUUAUCCCAAGCCAACAAGUGGGUUGGACAUUGGUGGCUAAGAAAAGAAACCAAGCAAGAAGGACUGGAGAGGCAGGCUGCCUUAUCCUUGCGGCUGAAACAAGGAAGGAGUCAGAGGAGAAUUCAAGGGCCUUAUAGAAGACAGGAAAAAGAUAAAAAGGUACCAGAAAGACCAUAUGUUGAGUGCAUGAAACCAGAAAGAAGUUAUGAUCCACGCAGAGAACCAUAGCUCAGAAAGCAGACACCAUUACGAGACACCCGCCCUCUCUGAAUUACAAAGGCUGGUAUGGAAUAGAGGAGGAUCUGACAAUCAUGUGGAUCAAGUUUGGCCAAACAUCUACCUUGGAGAUGCAUGGGCAGCUCGGAGUAAAAGAAUCAUUCAGAGCCUUGGCGUUACUCACAUCCUCAAUGCAGCAGAUGGGCCGUACAACAUCAACACUGGAGCUCGCUAUUACAGGGACCUGCCAGUGCAAUACUAUGGGGUCCAGGCAUUUGAUGACACCUCGUUUGAUAUAAGCAUCUUCUUCUAUGACGCUGCUGAUUUCAUACAUAAGGCCUUAAACACUGAAGGAGGCAAGGUGUUUGUCCAUUGCGCAAUGGGGUUAAGCCGCUCAGCGACCUUAGUGCUGGCUUAUUUGAUGAUCUAUGAAAACCUGACCCUAGUGGAGGCUUUGAAAGCAGUUGAUUCACACAGAGGCAUUUGCCCAAACACAGGGUUCCUCAGCCAACUCCGCGCUUUGGACCUCAAAUUAAAUAAUGAGAAGUGAAAUGAUACAGCAUUUCGGGACAAAGGUAGCAAACCAAAAUUGCAAAGAUAGGUAGCGCAGCUACAGUACUUCGUUACAAAAUCAUAACUGAAGCAGCAAAACCGUACCUUUUUCAAACUGUUCACUUUUAUGUAUACUCCAUUCAUUUAAUCUAAUCCUGAAAUGUGGUACACAAUAGCUCAUAACUAGAUUACGCCAUUCACCUUCAAUUUGUGAGGCGCAAUGCACACCCAGCUCUUUCCAGAUAAGCCAUACUUGUUGCACCGUUGUCGCUAUCUUUUCAAUUAAAAAAGG